AUGGCCAGACAACGUACUCCAGCAAUUAUUAUUGACAACGGAUCUGACUUUAUGAAAGCUGGGUUCAGUGGAGAAAAUCAUCUUCCUACUGUGCCGAUCCCAUGUCGUGAUGACGUUCUGCUAGACGAUUUUGUUGUAGACAAAGUUCAGGAAGGAAAACUUCCUAACGUAAAUCUCGAGGCUCUGAAAGAGAUGUGGAAAGACUCAAUAUAUAGACUGAAAGCUGAUCCAACUGAGCACAUCUUUGUACUCACUGAAAAUCGAUUGUUUACGGAAAAAGACGAAUACUAUAUAGCAGAAAUAAUGUCGGAAGAAUUCCAAGCAGAAGGACUGUCCAUCAUCAACGAAUCUUCUCUCUCAAUGAUUUGGUAUGGCAAAUGGACUGGUGUCUAUAUAGACUGCGGUGAAUUGAUGACUUCUGUUGUCGUCUUUCAUGACGGCCGACUUUUUAGUGACAAUUUUCUCAAUUUUGGUGGUCGGGAUGUUACUCUAGAGCUUUUAUCAAGCUUACAGCAAAACCGAUACCAACAGUUAGACUCACAAAAUCUUGACCAUCUUAAGGAAAUCGGAAAAAUCAAACACGAGUACGGAUGGACGAGCACUGACUAUGACAGAGAGAUGCAUCUUGCAUACAAGACUGAGCCAAUCUCAGUGCUCUGCCAACUAGAACCACAACAGUUCACACAAUAG